GCGCGCUCAUAUUACCUUAUGCAGUUGCGAGCGCCGUAAAACACUUACAAAAACAAACAUAAAGGUAGAGAGAUACAGGGACGGAACAAAAAGAAGAAACAUUACAAGUCAACUCUGAUUCUCAUCGGUCCGUUGUGACCAUGACCGUCUUUGUGGUUGUCGGUGUGUUGGUGAGUGUGGUCGGUGUGGUCAUGAACUCGCUGAGCACGUGCGUGUUCCUGAGACAGGACUGGCGGAAGAACACGGUGACGGCCACCCUCUUGUCGCUCACGCUCUCAGACAUGUGCGUGCUGGCCUGGAGUCUGCUCUACUACAGCGCUCACUUCCUCACAGACAUAGCGCGCGGUCACAGGAUCGACCUUGUUGCCAUACAGUCGUUCUUCUUCACCUGGCCCCGCUCCAUGUUCUACGACAUCUCCAGCUGUACCACCGUCCUGGUCUCUCUAGAGCGCUGUCUGUGCGUGGCCCUGCCCCUCAAGGUCAACUCUGUGCUCACACCGACACGUGUACACACCAUUAUGUGCCUCAUCUGGAGCCUGGGCCUGGCCUCCUACAUCCCCGUGUUCACCUCACAGUUCUUUGUGUGGAGGCUGGAGCCGGCCACCAACAUGACCCUUCUCACGGUCGCCGUCACCAGCUACAGGCUCCAAGUGGAGACCGUUCAUAACAUCCUGAACACGUUAGUUCUACAGACUGUUUGCCAAAUCACACUGGUCAUCAACACCUCUGUGAUGGCUUAUGGCCUCUAUAGGUCUACCAAAUUCCAGGAACAUUCAUCCAGCAAUCUGCCUACUGAGGAAAAGUCCAAAGUGUCAUCUGUAGGGAGAGAGAAAGAAGAGGUAUCGUCAACUCAAGACAGUCGAGGAGAUUACAAACCCAACGAACAACAUCCCAACGACGGGGUUAUUUCUCAGAGUGGAUCAAACAGGGCGGGGUCACAGGGGGUGAAGAGAGAAAAUCAAGUUUCCAAAGACGGAAAAGUUGCUGGGCCGUCGACAAAAUACAAGAGAACUAUUCGGGUAGUAAGUGGCGUAUCUUCCCUUUUUAUCAUUUGCAACACGCCUCUCUUGGUGGCAGUGUACAUGAAACGACUCGUCCCGGGUUUUGAUUUUGGGCUCAAACACCACAGCGAGUUCGCCCUUGCGGUCAACAUUGUGUUCCUCAGUACAGCAAUCAAUGCUGCUUCCAACUUCUUCGUGUACACCGCGUUCAACAGAAAGUUCAGGGGUCAAUUACGGGGACUUUGUGGCCCAAACAGGAAGUUCUAGCGGUCAAGUCUACUGUCACCUAUUGUUACACGUCAGUUGAGGACAUCUGAAUUGUAAGUGCUUGAUUAGUGCAAAAGCGUAAUACAGCUAGCAGAUAAUACGGUCGCACAAGGGGGCUAUACCGAAAAAUGCUGUUUUGAGAAAAUCGAAGGUACAGUUUUUGCCCCUUGU